GAGGUUGGACGAAAAUUCGAGGAAAAGGAAAGGAGAGAUGGAUGCCAAUUCGAAGAUCGGCGUGUUGAUCCUGUGGGCGAGCGUCACCCUGCUCCCGCUCGCCGUUUCGUCGACCAAGGAGCUGUUGGACUGUCGCGCCAACUUGUCGGCCGCGAUUCGAAACGACACGACGUUCGUGGGGAAGGUGCGGCAGGCGGAUUACAUAUUCACGGGGAAGAUAAAGGAUUUGAGGAACGGGCACGUGCACGUGCGCGUCAAGAGGGCGAUCAAGGGCACGCUGCACAACGCCACCCUCGUCGAUCUGACGUUGAACGACACCUGCUCCCGAUACAUACGCCCGAGUUACACGGGCAUCUUUAUGGCGCGGCGUGAAACGACGGAGGCGACGGGCGACGGCCGCAGGAUCGUGAUGCACUUCGGCCCUGUCCCGCUCACGCUCGCCAAUUUGGACAGGCUGAACGCCGCUGUCAGAGUUGCGGCGCGUAGAAGAGGACAAAGCCGCGUAAGGAGCUCUGGCUUCCGUGGACAGCUCUGGCAUUCUCUGUAAACUAUCGUCCC